GACGAAAAGGGUUUUAGAUUCAGCGAGAAAGAGAAGCCUCCACCGCCCCCCCAAUUUCAUACAUGGCUUCCAAACGCCCCUCUCUCUCCAGCGACGACGGAAUCCUAUCGCGAAUCUCCGAUCACUCCCUCGUCAGGAAGGGCAAGAGCGCCGCCUCCGACGCCAAGUACGUGGCCACGCGCCUCCUCAAGAGCACCGGCAAGGCCGCCUGGAUCCUCGGCACCACUGUUAUCAUUCUAGGGAUCCCCCUCAUCAUCGAGAUGGAUCGCGAGGCGCAGUUCAACGAGGCCGAGCUACAGCAGGCCUCCCUCCUCGGCGGCGCCCCUCCUGCCUUUAUGCACCAACCACAGUGAUUUCAUUCCUCCUUCAUGGAUCUAGGGUUUCCAAUUGAAUUUAAUGCCUUUUAUGUUUUACUGUAUUUGGAUUCUGUUGAUUGAGUUGCUUUAAUUGCGAUCCAGAUAUUAUUUUCUAUGAAAUUUUUUCUGUUAUCUUUGAUUUGUAAAAAAUAUUGUGUUGCUUUCUGCUUAAACAGAAGAAUAUGUUCUGUUAUCA